AUGGAGUUACAAGCUGUUCCUUUUGAUAUGACAAUUCUAUUCGCCAAGAUGAAAAAGAAACGAGUCAAGAAGAAACGCGGUCCAGACUCGCCUCUUUACAAAAUCAUUUGGCCAAUGAUCUACAUCAUGCGAAUCUUCGGUUUCGCUCCUUACUACUUCCUGCAAGAUUGCUUAAAACCAUCAAAAAUCAACCUACUCUUCACGGCGAUCGGCGCCAUUCUUUACAGCUAUGUAUCAUACGACGUAUUUACCAAGUUUCUAAAUGUCAAAAGAGAAACCUGGACUAUUGGAGGUACAGAGAAUACAAAGGUGAUCGUCAACUACAGCGUACUGAUGUAUGAGCUAGGUUUAACGGCAUUUACGAGACGAAGUUUCGUUAGGAUUUGGAAUGCGUUGCAAGAUUAUGACAAGAAUAUGAGGCAAUUGGGUCAUCCUCGGAAAGAGACACGGACUGCGAUUGUCGCGUGGAUCCUCGUAAUUGUGACCACGAUUAUUUGGAUAGUUAUUAAUCGUAUCGGAAUGUACGCCUUUUUAGAGACAUGGACUAACAACAUGAAAUACAUGAUUCCCUACAUCGGUACGUCAAUGGCUAUCUACAAGUUUGUGGCGAUAACUAUUUUUCUAGGUCAGCGAUUUGGACAUCUCAAUUCGAUUGCAAUACAAAAUCUACCAUCGACGUCGAUGGAGGAUACUGGAACAAUCAUUAGCAAGAAGACAAUCCUGAGUCUACAUAACGAUUUGAUGAUCGCCGCGGAGAAUUUGGAGUCGCUGUACUCGAUGUCGUUGCUCUUUUAUCUCAGCAAUCUAUGCCUGCACACCGUCAGCAACAUAUAUUUUAUAAUCGAAUGGAUGCUCGUGAAGCAAUGGGAUGUGGAAUCAUGGCCGCUAGUCUCCUGCAUGUGCACUUGGUUACUGGCAUUUCUCUCCCAGCUGUUACUACUUCUUAUUGCCUGUCACUUCACUUCAUCUCAAGCUAAUUGCCUAAGUUCGACUCUAAUUGAAUGGCAAAUAAGACUGAUGAAAAAAGAAACUGAAGAUUACAUCGAAUAUUCGUUGGAAUUUCUAAACCGAAAGCUCAAAUUCUCUGCUGGCGGAUGUUUUUACGUAAACUUGCCAUUAUUACGUUCGAUCGCUUCACUGAUGACCACAUAUCUGGUUAUACUACUGCAACUUCAAUGA